CAUAAAUCGAUCUCAUCAGUAUGCAAAAAGCAUAAGCGUAUUAUGCUAAAAAAUUUACGUCACACCACGUGGGCGUCAGGUAAAAAAACUCGAAGUCCUUGUCGCAAAUAUGCAAAUAUUGUUAUCUCGUGAUUGUACUGCUCAGUCGAGGGAUACAGUGUUCUUGCAAUAUCAGUUCUCAUUGAUAAAUUUGCCCGUAAGUUGAAGGCGCUCACGAUUCAACGUAGUGCGAUUACCUGUGCAGCAUUGGAGAAAAGUUGGGAGGAACGAACAUCAAUUGCAUAAGGAAGUGGCUGAGGCAACUUUGUUCUCAUCAGAGAGUAAUGUUAAGAAAUUUACUGUCUUGACACAUUUACAUUGAGAAGAUUCAAGAACUUGUGGUUGGAUUAACAUAUCGUUAGUGUUAUGGCUCUUCAAAGUUCAGUAAAUACCGGUGACAGCAAUUUAGAUGUCAAGAUCAUCGAAUGGCUGCAGUGGAAUAAGGAUCCAAAUGCGGAAGAGGAAGUACUUAAAUACCUUAACAAUGGAGCUGUCAAAGUAUUAUCAAAGCUAUUUCUCAAGAGACUUGAGUUUGGAACCGCCGGUCUUAGAGGCCGCAUGGGGCCGGGUUACAGUCAGAUGAAUGAUUUAGUUAUUGUACAAACUAGUCAAGGAUUAACGAAAUAUUUGAUGGAUACAAUAUUCGACGUGGCACAUAAAGGUGUUGUGAUAGGAUACGAUGGUCGCUACAACAGCAAGAGGUUUGCAGAAUUAACUGCAGCAAUUCUCAUAAACAAUGGUAUUAAAGUUUAUUUAUUUUCUGAGAUCUGUCCGACGCCAUUCAUACCUUACACCAUAUUGAGACAUAAAUGUGCCGCUGGGAUUAUGGUCACUGCUUCGCACAAUCCCAAAGAUGACAAUGGAUACAAAGUUUACUGGGAAAACGGAGCACAAAUUAUUUCGCCGCACGACAAGAAAAUCCAAAGUUACAUUCUCGAUAAUCUGAAGCCACUUGAAGUCUCGUGGGACGUUAGUAAAGUCUAUGACAGCACUUACUACGAAGAUCCAAGGGAUGAUAUCAUGAACAGCUAUUAUAAAGAUCUGAAUGACAAAGUCCUGUAUCCUGAAGUUAAUAAAAACACUACGCUGAAAUUUACGUACACCGCAAUGCAUGGUGUCGGGUAUGAAUAUAUGGCUGCUGCAUUUGAAACGGCAAACUUCAAGCCGUUCGUAACUGUGGAGGAGCAAAAACUGCCAGAUCCCGAAUUUCCCACGGUGAAGUUUCCGAAUCCCGAGGAAGGGAAAAGUGCUCUUGAUCUCAGCAUUAAAUCGGCGAAUAAAAAUAAUUCGUCCAUUAUACUUGCCAAUGAUCCCGAUGCUGAUAGGCUUGCGUGCGCGGUGAAGACAGAGAGAGGGGAAUGGUACGUCUUCUCUGGAAACGAACUCGGAGCGCUACUGGGCUGGUGGAUGAUUCACACUUAUCAAGUGUUACAUCCCGAUGCUGAUUUGGGCAAUACAUGCAUGUUAGCAUCGACCGUUUCCAGCAAGAUUCUAGCUUCGAUGGCUAAAAAGGAAGGUUUUAACUUCGAGGAAACUCUGACCGGCUUUAAGUGGAUGGGUAACAAAGCUAUAGAUUUAAUGGCGGAAGGGAAAACCGUCUUGUUCGCGUAUGAAGAGGCCAUAGGUUUUAUGUGCGGCUCUAAAGUGUUGGAUAAGGACGGUAUCAGUGCAGGUAUACGCGUUGCGGAACUGGCGGCUUAUCUUGAGACGGUGGGGCUGACUUUAUCAGAUAAAUUGCAAGAAAUAUACACAGAAUACGGUUAUCAUAUCAGCGACAACUCCUAUUGGAUAUGCCACGAACCAGAUACCAUUAAAAUGAUAUUUGAGCGAUUGAGGAAUUAUUCUGGCAAACCAGAUACAUACCCAACUGGAAUAUUGGAAGGAAAAUAUAUAAUAACUGGCAUUCGAGACUUAACAACUGGAUAUGACAAUACAAAACCUGACAAUAAAGCAGUUCUGCCUGUAUCAAGAUCUAGCCAAAUGAUCACGUUUACAUUCAAGAAUGGGUUAGUUACUACCUUAAGAACUAGUGGCACAGAACCUAAGAUAAAGUACUAUAAUGAGUUAUGCGGAUCACCUGGAGAGGACUUAAAUAAAUUGAAAGGCAUUCUGAACGAAAUGGUAAGAGCUAUUGUAACAGAGUUUCUUCAGCCUGAAAUUAAUGGACUUAUUGCCCGCGAGGAAUAAAUUACAAUAUCAUUAGCCUUUGAAAAGCCAUUCGACGAUAUGUCAACAAACAAAAACGAUGUUACGUAUCAUUAUUAAUGUUACAUUAUAAUUGACCUAUUACAAUGCUGUCAGUGCGCAAUAUAACUAUAUUAUCACUUUGAUAAGUCUUAUGAAAUCCAACUAGAGUGGAUUCAUAACGUUACAUAAUUAUUAUAUUUUUAUUAUUUUAAUAUAUUUUUAAUUGUGCAUUUGUGCGUAAUGGAGUAAGCAGUGGUUAAUUCUAAUUUUUAUCAAAUGAAAAUGAUGUUCCAAAAUGUGUCCCUAAAAUGGCUGUGUAUUGUUUUGCGUCUGCAUUGUCAAAAUUGUUAAAUAAUAAUUUAUUAAAUAAAGAUACACUCCUGUAUCUUUUCUAUAUACAUAUCUAUUUUACGUAUGAAAACAUGAGAAGGGAAAAAAUGAUUAUUUGUAUGCAAGAAAGCAAAACAAUGUUAGUAUUUGGAAUAUUAGAGUUAUUAUUAAAUAAUUUUGACAAUGCAGUAGAAUUUAAUUAAAGUAAAAUUUAAUUAUUGAUAAUUUUAAUAAAUAAAUUGUAAUCAUUCCAGAAAAUUGUAUGCACAUUAUAAUAAGUUCUUUGUAUCUAUUGCUCUACUAUAAUUAGAAUAUUAGAAUUUAAUCGUAUCAAAUUAUUAUGAUGCUAAAGAUUCCAAUCUUUAGAAACGCUAAAUUGAAAUAAUAAUUAAAUGUAGAAAGAUUUACUGUAUUUGUGACAAUAAUGUAGUUGAUUUACUGUACGACGUAUAUAUGAAAUUUCUACUGUAAAAAUUGAUUGUUAGAUAUUGUUUGUUUACAACUUUCUUGGUAAAUCAAGACUAUUAGCAAUCUUUUUAUUAUUUCUAAAAUAGAGUAGUGCGGAGAUGUUUUCACAUGUUUGUUAGCUACUCUGAUCGAUAAUGUUCAACGCGAAUGAAAUAUAAUUAAACUGUCG